UCUAAAAAGAGGGUUGUGGACUUGUUUUGUUUUUAUUAUUAAUACAGGAGUCACUUUUCAGAAGAAUAGGAACUCCACAUUUUCACAAUUAACAAGGAAACCUGAUAUGAAGCCACAGAGACUGCGUGAUGAGAUGUUUCCUAAGUACUUCCUUUUGUUAUUUGGAGCUCUGCUGCUCCUGUUUACAACAGCAUUUUCUCUCCGAUGUACCAAAUACAAUGUAAAAACAUGUCAGGACUGCAUUGAGUCUGGCCCUGGCUGUGCUUGGUGCAAGAAACGGAAUUUCACAAAAGCAGGGGAACCAGAUUCAGUUCGAUGUGACACAAAGCAGCAGCUCCUUGAGAAGGGAUGUGAAGGAAAUAUUAUUUUCCCAGAAAACUUUAUUGACCCAGUUUCUUCUGCUCAAUCAAACACAAAGAAACAAAUCUACCCAGAGGUGGUGCGAUUGCAUCUAAGACCAGAACAACCUGCUGUUUUUAAUGUGACAUUCCAGCGUGGAGAAGAUUACCCAAUAGAUCUCUAUUAUUUGAUGGACCUCUCAUUCUCUAUGGCUGAUGAUCUGCAAACAGUGAAGAAAUUAGGAGGAGAUCUCCUUAAAGCUCUCCAGGGUAUUACCAAACGAGCUCGGAUAGGUUUUGGUGCCUUUGUGGAUAAGACUGUCUUGCCAUUUGUAAACACCCAUCCAAAGAAGCUCCAGAAUCCAUGCCCAACCACAGAAAUCAAGUGCCAGCCACCAUUUGCUUUUAGGCAUGUGCUUAGCCUCACUGAUGAUGUACAGAGUUUUCAAGAAGAAGUAGGGAAGCAGAACAUAUCAGGGAAUCUUGAUGCGCCAGAAGGAGGACUUGAUGCCAUGAUGCAGGCUGCUGUCUGUGAGAAUAUAAUUGGCUGGAAGAAUGUGACUCGCUUAUUGGUCUACACAACAGAUGAUGGUUUUCAUUUUGCUGGGGAUGGUAAGCUUGGAGCCAUCUUAACACCUUUUGAUGGACAAUGUCACUUGGAAGACAAUAUGUACAAAAAAAGCAACGAAUAUGAUUAUCCUUCUGUUGGUCAGUUGAUACAAAAACUUAAAGAAAAGAAAAUCCAGCCCAUUUUCGCUGUUACCAGAAGAGUCUAUGAUACAUAUGAAAUUACCUUCCAAGUGCAAAUUACAGCAACAUCGUGCAUUAAAAAUCAGACUUUUACUCUGCAGCCCCUUGGUUUCACAGACUUGACCACUGUACAUAUAUACAGUCGGUGCAACUGUGAAUGUGACGAGGAGUUACCAAAUGAAUCUGAUUGCAAUGGACAGGGGAAUAUAAACUGUGGGAUUUGCAGGUGCAAUGCUGGCUAUGUUGGAAAGAAUUGUGAUUGUAAAACUGGAGGUAAAACCAGCAAGGAACUGGAAAAAAGUUGUCGAAAGGACAAUUCUUCAGUCAUUUGUUCUGGCUUGGGAGAUUGUGUAUGUGGACAAUGUAUUUGCCAUACUAUGGCAGAUACCCAGAAGCAUAUUUAUGGUCCCUUCUGUGAAUGUGAUAACAUAAACUGUGAACUUCACAAUGGUCAAGUGUGUGGAGGGAAAGAUAGAGGUUCUUGUGACUGUGGGAAAUGUAAGUGUACUGCACAAUAUGAUGGCACUGCCUGUCAGUGCCAAUCUUCAACAGAAAAAUGCAAGAAUAAGAAUGGGAACGUGUGCAGUCUCCGUGGGCAAUGUCAGUGCAAUACAUGCAAGUGUAAUGGACGCUAUCAGCCCCCUCUCUGUGAGGAGUGCCCAAGUUGCCCAUCUCCCUGUGCCAGAUAUAUUUCUUGUGUUGAAUGUCUUGCUUUUGGGAGUGGUCCAUUUCAGAAGAAUUGCUCUGAUAGUUGUUCAAAUAUUACUCUUGAAAGUGAAGCGCAACCAAAAAGUAUACACUGCAGGGAUAAGGAUUCAGAGAAUUGCUGGAUCUCUUACACAAUGCUUCCUACUGACGGAGAAGAGCACUAUUCUAUUACAGUCAAUCGUGAGAAAGAAUGUCCCCAACCGCCAAACAUUGCAGCCAUAGUGGGGGGCACUAUAGCUGGAGUGGCUCUUAUUGGGCUCCUCAUUCUCCUGGCCUGGCGGCUAGUGGCAGAGUUGUUUGAUCGCAGAGAAUAUCACAGAUUUGAGAAGGAAAAAUCCAAGGCCAAAUGGAAUGAGGCUGACAAUCCUCUUUUCAAGAGUGCCACUACCACUGUCGUGAACCCCAGAUUUAAUGGCCAAUGAAAUGAAACUUCAGCAACAAUGCAAAGCACAAAGGAACUCUUCAGCAGAAAAACAGAAGAUGAAUCCAUUUGCUUUUCUUAAAUCAAUCGUUAUUGCCAUAUAAUAUUAGUUAUUUUUGAGAAAACCAUUCUGUGGGCUUUGCAACAUGAUUCUAUUCUAUUUUUUAAAAAAAGCGUAAGCAUCAGAGAACUUUACUACAUAUCUCAGAUGAAGCACUCAGAACAACUAGGCGUCUUGCAUUCAUCAUCCACACAAACUGUAGAAAUUUGAAUUUUCAUAUCUGAAAUUACCUAAAACUACUAUAUUACUAUACAGUAUGUAAAUAAAAUUGUCAACUGCCACUCAGGGAGUUCUUUUAAUUAGCAAUUUUGCUGUUUAUGAGGCCUAUUUUAAGGUGAGGUACAUAGUGAGAAGGUAAUGAGUUUUUACCACAAACUGGCAAUUUUUCCAAGUAAGCACUAUGUUGAAUUCAAAACAUCAGUGCAGAGCAGCCAAUCAGCAUUCAGUCCCUUUGCUUUAAAUUGCUGAGUUUACUACUUCAGAGGGCUUUCAGCACUUAACACAUUUUUAGUAUUUCUCUUUCCAUACAUAUCGCCUAUAUGUACCUAUGUGUAUGCUUGUCUUUUGGUUUACAAAACCAGAUGAGUAGUCAGAAAAUAUUGGGGUAUUUUUUGGAGGGGGAUAUUUGACCAUUGUGGAAGAGCCUCAAAUGGGUUUGGCUCAUCCAUGAUUGUAGGUCAACAAGCUUUGUGAGGUCUUGUCCAGCAAACCCAAAAUUUUGUUUCUGGUUGUAAGGGAUAAGUCUGAAGCUAUUAUCAAAUGAAUUGGAAAAUCUAUAAAGACUUUUAUUCACUUGAUGCUAUAUCAGGGAUCUGAUGAUCUGGUAACUUUGAGGAGCAGAUUAUGAACUGAGGAUGAGAUUCCUUGUGCCAGAUGUCCUGUCUGGAUAUCAAUCAGCCAUCAAAGCCCCAGUAGUAGGAUUAUUUUAAACAAUAACAUAUUGGUAAAAAUGUACUUGCAUUUCUCUUCCACUGUUCAGAAUGUCUUGUCAGUCAAGAAAAAUGAGUUUUUCCAAAAGUAUUAUCCAGUGAGUGAUAAGACUGAGUGGUAACUUCCACUUUCCAGUUUAAACUUAAUAACUAUAUCAACUGAUGAAUCCUUCUACUGAAAAAAUACUGACAAGUCCACAAAUUAUAUUCAGAUAGCUUUCUUUGGGCUGUUAAUUAGCUCUAUAUUCAAAGAACACGCUAAGUCAUAAAUCAGGCAAACCAUUGGCAGGCGUGAGAUCCACAAGAAAAUAUGAUUUAUCAUGGAUGGUGGAUGGCUGGAGUUUGAAACUCCCCAAAACUUUUGCUGCGGGCUGGUCACCGGCUGGCUAGAUAUUAUGAUUUAUGAGAUGCAUGAACAGAGUUUUAUCCUGGUUUACCAAUUGCAUUAAACCAUUUUUACUAGUUUGGUUACAUUGGUUAAGUCCAUAGGAUAUAAGCAAGUGCAAAGCCAAGCUGUCAGCCUUGGCUUUGCUUGCUUGCUUUUGGCUGCCAUGGAAACGGGGAGGGGGCAUGG